ACAACACAACCAUAGGCCACCGACCAGUCGCCACUACAACAACACUCCUGGUUCCUGCUUCCCCCUACACGACCCGUCACCAGGAGCUACGACCUGCCUGUCCCCGUGAAGGCCAUCAUAUACGGUAAUGAGGAGUGUGGCGGUGACAGUGGCGGUGCUAGCGGUGCUGGCGGUGACAGUGGUGGUGGUGACCGCCGGCCCCAGGAGAGGAGGCUGGCCCGGUCCACCACACUGCCACAACCAUGGACCUCCUUCCCUUUUCAUCAACCUCACACUGGAGCUGUGUAACCAGACCAACACUACCCAGUGCCAAGCCAACAUGAGGAACUGUCUGAUACAGGGCAGACCACAGCCUCCAAAUGCAACCAUCAAGGCCCAGUUCUUGGCCAACGUGACGGCCUGUGCCCAGGAGCUAGGCUACAACAUCACCGCCAUAGAUAUCCCCAACCCCAGGCCACACUGCUCCGGGGGCUCCGGUUCGCGGGAGUUCGGUAGGAACAGGUGCCGCCAUCACCACAGCCUCGAGAGGUUCUUCCGAAGUAUUGGUCUCACCGAGACCCAGUUUCUGCCCAUGUUACGCUGUCUCUUGACCAGGAGCGGUGAGCUUGAUAGGUUGAAGACCUGCAUCAACCAAUAGGAGACGAGCAUCAAUCAAUAGUAGAUGUGCAUCAACCAAUUGGAGAAGUUACCCGACCAACAGAUGUAUAUCGACCAAUAGGCAGAGAGUGUAUUAACCAAUGGAAACACUUCUAAACGUCCUGGACCCGGCUGCCCUCUUGAUGAACCUCUUGUCACAGCUCUACUGACCACUCCCUUGAUAGGUCCUCCCCUGGUGCACCUCUUACACCUUCUCUCACCCUGGCACGCUCUUGGGAUGGGGGGGUCUCUCUCUCACCCUGGCACACUCUUGGGGGGGCCUCUCACCCCUCACACACUCUUGAGAGCCCUCUCACCCUGGCACACACUUGAGGGGCCCCCCCUCUCACCUUCACACACUUUUGAGAGCCCUCUCACCCUCACACACUUUUGAGAGCCCCUCACCCUCACACAUUCUUGAAGGCCCUCUCACCCCUCACACACUCUUAAGAGCCCUCUCACCCUCACACACUUUUGAGAGCUCUCUCACCUUCUCUCACUCUCCAUAAGAAUUAAAAUUCAAAAUGCAACAUAGCAGAAGCACGUGCAAGAUCAACAACAGCAGCUGCAGCAGUAAUAUUUCGAACGGUAGCAACAUUAUUAACACUAGAACCUCCUACACCCCCCAAAAAAUGGAGACAAUUUUCAAAGAAACAUGUGAGUAUUGGCUUGAUUAUUAAGAGACGACUGUGCUAAGAACGAACCUUACUAAGAACGAGUUACUAAGUCAACAACAACACUAUAGAGAGUUAAAGGAAGUCCCAGCUGCGUGUGGAGUACCAGUCCCCAGGAUGAACAAACCCAGCCAGUUUCUUCCUCCUCUUGGGCGCUGCUGUACAUGGCGGUCUGUACACUUGCAGGAUGAACAACGCUGCCCCAAUAAACUCGACCCCCUAAAGAGAUCACUGGCAGCUGUAGGCGCUGAUGUCUUGUACAGCAUGUCUCCAGAGGUUCUGAUAUGUAUACCUUGUACUCACUGGCUUUCAUGUGAUAUAAAUAUAAGUGGCAAGCACA